AAAUCGGUCUUUCAACUCAACCAACGGGGGUUAGUGGACGCGUGCGCAGAAAUAAUGUUAAAAAGAUAAUUUUAAAUAACGAUAGAUAGGAUUUAAAUAGUUAAAUAAUAAAAAUGAGUCCGUUACAAAUAAUUUUGCGUGUUUUGUCUCUCGUGGUGGUGUGCCCGGUGGUAAUCUUUUGUGAAGCACAUGGGAAUGUACGAGGUCGAGUCAGCAUCAGUGAAGGAGCACAUGUGCACAAGUCAGAGGUUCCUUGCGAAGUCUGCCCGCGCCAAGGGCGGUGUGUGCCCAAGGUGCAGUGUCCCGCCCACCUCAGGCCUGCCUCGCACAACCCUGCAUGCCAUCUCCAAGGGACCAAUGCGCUGGGCGUCUGCUGCUUCACUGGAAGCCAUCAUGCUGCGGAAUCCGAGCACAAAGCUCGCAAGGCGACCUCCAUCAACGAGCGCGAUGUGAAGACCGCCCACCACCAGUCCAAACAGAAGCUGGCUUCUUGGCUGGCGAGAGCUGAGGGGCUGGCUCAGCAUCAUGCUGUAGUUGUCAACGAGACAUCUCCGAGCUUCGCGCACCACAUGUCAGUGAUGACGUACGACAAGCGAGCAGACAAGCUGGGGCGGGGCGGGCUCCUGAACCUCUUCGCUGCGCAGGAGUUGAAGGCGCGCCAGGCGCUCUCCGAUGAUGAACUGGCGCUGGGAUUCACUGAGCAUACUGAUGGUCCAUUCUGCCCACCACCCCCCACGUGCUCCAAUCCACCGAGCCGUUACCGCAGCAUCGGGGGGGAUUGCAACAACCCUAAAAACCCAAGCUGGGGGGCCGUGCACUCGGGGUAUGAGAGGCUGUUGCCUCCGGACUACAGUGACGGAACCUGGGCCAUGCGCGCUUCAUCCACCGGCCUCCCGCUGCCCAGCCCGCGACUAGUCAGCAACGCUUUGAUCCUGGACGCUCCCCACCCGAGUCCAACACACAACUUGAUGUUCAUGCAGUUCGGACAGUUCAUUGCACACGACACCACCUCUGGAGUCGUCUUCACUAUCGGUAAGCUUUAUAACUGCUUCUGA